UGAGAAUCAUCACAGGAUCUCCCAGGAACUGGCCACCUUUCUUCUACAUUAAACGUCAGCACCGCAACAUCUUCAAACUAUUGAUCAGAUCCAAUUACUGCUGAGGGAUGGAUUUUAAAACAAAUCCUACAGAGAGCUUGAAUGGCUGCACUGCUAACAUCACCAAGGCUGUGCAAAACUUUUCCCUGCCUGGUGAGCCCAGCACUGUAAGCUAUGCUGACUUCAUCAUGCCUACCCUGUUUAGCAUCAUCUUCUUCCUAGGCAUCAUUGGUAACAGCCUGGUGAUCUGCACAGUCUUUAAGAAAUCCAGCCCCAGGAGCAGUGUCCCAGAUAUCUUCAUCAUCAGCCUCUCCAUGGUGGAUCUGCUCUUCCUCCUGGGCAUGCCCUUCCUCAUUCACCAGCUGCUGGGCAACGGAGCCUGGUACUUUGGGGAAACCAUGUGCACCAUUAUCACUGCUCUGGAUGCCAACAGCCAAUUCACUAGCACCUAUAUCCUCACUGCCAUGUCCAUUGACCGCUACCUGGCCUGCGUGUACCCUUUCACCUCCACUCGCUUCAGGAAGCCACUUGUGGCCAUCCUGGUGAUCUGCAUGCUCUGGGCCCUCUCUUUCCUCAGCAUCACCCCCGUGUGGAUGUAUGCCCGGCUCAUCCCUCUGGCUGGGGGGCUGCUGGGCUGUGGGAUUCGGCUGCCAGACCCGCAGAAUGACAUCUACUGGUAUACGCUCUAUCAGUUCUUCCUCGUCUUCGCCAUCCCCUUUACCCUCAUCACUGUGGCCUACAGGAGGAUCCUGCUCAGGAUGGCCAGGUCCUCAGAGGCACUCACUGGCCAGAGGUGCACCAGCACCUGCACCAAGAAAGUGACACGUGUGGCCAUUGCCAUCUGCCUGGCCUUCUUCAUCUGCUGGGCGCCUUACCAUGUGCUACAGCUUGUGCAGCUAGCCAUGCGCCACCCCACCCUGCCCUUCUACUAUGCCUACAACGUGGCCAUCAGCAUGGGCUAUGCCAGUAGCUGCCUCAACCCCUUCAUCUACAUCCUGCUAGGGCAGACCUUCCGCAGGAGGCUGGUGGUUUCCGUCAGGCCGGCUGCUGCAGGGGAAGAGGCUUCCCAGAACGGGGGCAACAGCGCACAGGGGGACCCAAAUGAGUCAGGACAGCCACUGCUGCACCUGGUGUCUGUCUCUGGCAGGUAA